AUGGAAAGAGACAACAAGACGAGUGUCUCUGAAUUCCUCCUCCUAGGAUUUCCCAUCAGACCAAAGCGACAGGCGUUGUUUUACAUCCUAUUCUUGAGUAUGUAUCUCACCACACUGUUUGGGAACCUGCUCAUCAUCUUGCUGAUCAGACUAGACUCUCACCUGCGUACCCCCAUGUAUUUCUUCCUCAGUCACUUGGCCUUUACUGAUGUCUGUUUCUCAUCAGUCACUACCCCAAAGAUGUUGGUGAACAUGCAGACAGGAAGCCAGACCAUUUCCUACAAUGGCUGCAUCUCACAGAUGUAUUUCUUCAUAUUCUUUACAGAUCUGGACAGCUUCCUGCUCACUGCAAUGGCUUAUGAUCGCUAUGUUGCCAUCUGCCACCCUCUCCACUAUACCACUGUUAUGAGUCUCAAACUGUGUAUCUUACUGGUAGUUGGGUCCUGGACCCUAUCCUGUUUCAGCUCCUUGACUCACACCCUUCUCCUGGCUCGACUAUCCUUCUGUGAAGACAACACUAGCAUGGGAAGAGACAACGAGACAAGUGUUUCUGAAUUCCUCCUCCUAGGACUUCCCAUCAGAUCAGAGCAACAGGUGUUGUUCUACAUCCUAUUCUUGAGUACGUAUCUCACCACACUGUUUGGGAACCUGCUCAUCAUCUUACUGAUCAGACUAGACUCUCACCUGCGUAUCCCCAUGUAUUUCUUCCUCAGUCACUUGGCCUUUACUGAUGUCUGUUUCUCAUCAGUCACUACCCCAAAGAUGUUGGCGAACAUGCAGACAGGAAGCCAGACCAUUUCCUACAAUGGCUGCAUCUCACAGAUGUAUUUCUUCAUAUUCUUUACUGAUCUGGACAGCUUCCUGCUCACUGCAAUGGCUUAUGAUCGCUAUGUUGCCAUCUGCCACCCUCUCCACUAUACCACUGUUAUGAGUCACAAACUGUGUAUCUUACUGGUUUUUGGGUCCUGGACCCUAUCCUGUUUCAGCUCCUUGACCCACACCCUUCUUCUGGCCCGAUUGUCCUUCUGUGCAGACAACACCAUAGCCCACUACUUCUGUGACUAUGCUGCUUUGCUCAAGCUAUCCUGCUCAGACAUUUCCCUAGAUAAACUAGUGAUAUUCACUGUAGGGGUAGCAGUCAUUACACUGCCAUUAAUAUGUGUCCUGGUUUCUUACAUCCAUAUUCUUGCAGCCAUCCUGAAGAUCCCUUCUACCAAGGGCAUCUACAAAGCUUUGUCAACCUGUGGCUCCCACCUCUCUGUGGUGUCCUUAUAUUAUGGGACAAUCAUUGGUCAGUACUUUUUCCCCUCCUCCAGUAACUCUAAUAUCAAAGAUAUAAUUUUUGCUAUGAUGUAUACAGGGGUGACUCCCAUGCUGAACCCCUUCAUCUAUAGUCUGAGGAACAGAGAUAUUAAUGGGGCCUUGAAGAAUAUCCUUAGUAAGGGAAUGUUCUCUUCUCCUUCAUAG